AUGGCGUCAACAGAUAGCAGCAAACGUCAACGCAUAGACCCUCCUGCUCAAUAUCACAACAUUGGAUACACACACGGAGCAUCACAGAUCGAGAGUCAGGGUCUUUCGCAUUCGGCACCAAUGCCUCAUGCAGGCCGCACCCUCAAGCCCGCACACGUCUACGAAUUCGAUGCAAACGUCGAGCAAGUCGACUACAUCAUCAACGAGAAAUGGGACAAACUGAGUGAUGCACGACAAUACAACAAAGCCUGGGACGCAACAGAACUAGUCAACAAGGAAAUCCACAAAAUCGCUCAAUCCAUCACCGAGCAGAGUCACCACGAAACAAAGAUCAAUGCGCUACUCAGUUUAUGCGAGAUCGGCGCCAUAGUUGCCAUCGGNGGAGAUCGCCUGGGUGCCGAAGUGCGAAAACACGUCGGCUAUGACGAUGUGCUGGUAAACGUCAUGUUGGACAUUACAGACCUCACGACAGUCAACGAGAAAAGAGCUGUUACCACCGAUGACAUGCAAGCCCUUGAGGAGUUUGACAAGGAGAGGAAGGGUUAUUGUGUCUUUGACAACUUCGAGGAGGUUCUGGACAACAUCAAAAAGGCUAUGAUGGAUCCUUCGGUUGCUACAUACGACCAAUACGAUGAUGACGAUGAGUAUGGCGAUAUCGACUAG